UCAGUCCCAAGACGACGUCUUCUUUGGUCAGAUGACAAUGAUGUGAACAACAAAAGCAUUAAAGAGGCCAUGCGGAGGAACAGAUUUGAUGAGAUAAUGGCUUCCGUUCAUGUUGUGGAUAACAUGAAAGUCACAGAUGACCCUUUCUUCAAGGUGCGUCCUGUGUUUGAGGAGCUGAAUAAAGUCAACAAAAGCAUGACUAUUCAGGAAUAUCUGGCAGUGGAUGAGAUGAUGAUUGAGUACUUUGGUAGGCAUGGAUGCAAGCAGUUUAUCAGGGGGAAGCCCAUUCGCUUUGGUUUCAAGAUCUGGAGUCUUGCAUCCUCAUCUGGAUUUGUCUACCAGAUGGAACCAUAUGCAGGUAGCCACACUCGUCUCAUUGAAACUGGACUGGGUCAGGGUCCAAGUGUGGUUCUCGGCUUGGCAGAGAAAGCUGGAGUGCCACCUGGAUGCAAGUUCUAUCAUGACAACCUAUUCACAACACUCACCCUGGUUGAUGAGAUGACCAAAAGGGGCUACGGCAGCUGUGGCACACUUCGGGAAAAUCGUCUCUUUGAUAUCCCACUAACACCAGCACAGAGCUUCCGGAAGACCUCAAGAGGUAAUGCAGAAUUCCUUAUUGAAGAUGGAAAACUGAUCGUGAGAUGGAAUGACAACAGCGUGGUCACUGUUGUGACCAAUAUGGAGAAUAAGUACUCCGAUGUUGACACUCAACGAUGGAACAAACAGAAACAUGCAAUGGGUAAAGUGAAACAGCCUACAUGUAUAAAGAGCUACAACACACAUAUGGGAGGUGUUGACCUGCACGACCAAUGUGUGAACCGUUACCGGAUUGGCAUCCGAUCAAAGAAGUGGUGGUGGCCAUGCUACAGUUGGGCACUCAACAGUGCUAUGGUCAAUGCCUGGUGUUAUUACAGGUCAUGUAAAGGGGGAGACAGAGAUCUUCUCUCCUUCCAAAGGCUGGUUGCCCAGAGUCUACUCCAGCGCCAUGGGAUGAGGCCACAGGGGCAUGGAAGAAGGUCAGUGUUGGGCUCUGCGAUAUGUGAGGCUGCCAGAUUUGACAACUUGAACCACUGGCCCCACAACACAGGAAGAAAGUACAUGAGGUGUCGAAGAUGUGAUGGAUGCACUUCCUUUGCAUGUGAGAAAUGCAGUGUUGCCUUGCAUAUUGAGUGCUUCAAGAAAUUUCAUGCCAACCACUAAAAUCUACCCAGGAGAGAGAGGAGUGGAGGGAGAAGAGAGAUAGAAAAGGGGAGUGGGUAGGAGACGUAUUACAUAACUUCCCAUUCCGAAUGUCUUUAAAAAUAAUUCUGUAUGCACUGUUAGUUUUGUUAUUUUGUUGUUGUUGUUUUUGUUAUAUAGAUGUAUUUUUUUUUUUUUUUAAUCCUAUUUGUUUUUAUUUAUUUAUUUUCAUUUAACUUUUUUGAUAUACAAUGCCCUGUUGGGGCAGCUUAAUGGCUGCACUUUGUUCUGCACUAUGUUCCACCACUUUAAGACAAAUGGAUUUGUUGUUUGUUGUGUUUUCAUAUUGAAGAGAUUAUAAGCUAGAUGCAGCUUUUUUGGGUUUGCAUCAAAUGUUCUUCGACUUUUCUACAUAAUAAAUGUGUUUAUGAAUAAAGAUUGAUCUGUUGAAAACAGUUAUUUUGAGUUAGAUGCAUAAAUGUUCUCCUCCUAUUCAAAUUUUAAAGGGUGCUUACAACAUAUUUGCCCACCGGCAACUAUAUUCAAACACGAUUUUCAAGAAAAAAAAACAAAAACCUGGGGAAAAUAAUUGCAGAACAUG